AUGGAAGCACAUCCGCGGUGCCCUGGACCUACAAAGGCGUUGUUUGGCCAGUGGACAAAAAUAGGAGAUACAAGAAUCCCCCAGGAAAUACCCUCAGGGAAGCUUUUGCAAACACAGUGCAACCACCGAACUGGCAAAAGCCAGUGUAUGAGCUCGAUCCGAAUGAUACCGACAAUAAUGGAUUUUUAA